AGCUAAACUCUGACUGCUCGGCAGCUUCCUCACAACAUGCGAUGGGAAGCGAACCCGCAACCUUCAGGCUCAACGGACGUUAUCUGAAGCAACAGCUCCAGAGGCCGGGGCGACGUUCCACCGAGCCGCGGAGGAAUGCUAACCCGAGGAAAGGGCUCGUUCGGUUGGGUUUGUCCUGGAGCUGCAGCCGCUGUUCCCCGGCUAACUGCCUAGCUCCCCCCCCCCGGCUAAUGGAUGAUCUAUGGGCUGAACAUGACCAUAUAUAGCCCGGCCGCAGAGCUCCCUCGCCGGUGAGAUGUAAACGGUGGCUCGCUGCAAGGAGGCUGACAAAGACCACCCAGGGAAAACCCCCCAAACUCGGCUCGAAGUGGAAAGAGUGCUCCACCGGCACCAUGUCCUCCGAGCAGAUCAUCGCCAUCAUCGUGGGUGACAAAAUCUACGAGGUGGACAAGAAGAAGCUGAUCGAGAAGAGCGACUACUUCCGGGCCCUGUACAGCUCCGGGAUGCGGGAGUCCACGGAGGACUCGGUGCAGCUGCAGGGGCUCAGCGUCCCGGGCCUGGAGCUGGUGCUGGAGUUCAUCAACACCUCCAAGGUCCAGGUGGUCAACGAGACCCUGGAGGACCUGAUCGAGACCGCCUCCUUCCUGCAGGUCACCUCCAUCCUCAAGCUGCUGACCUCGGAGAUCCGCCUGGACAACUGCGCGGAGCUGUAUAGCCUGUCCGAGGUCUACGGGACCCACGACCUGCGCAAGGCCUGCCUCAAGUUCAUGAGCUGCCACUACCACCCCAUGCUGAGGCGGCCCGAGUUCAGCAGCCUCCCCCCUGCUGUGAGGGAGCAGGUCAGGGAGAUGCGCAUGAAAGGCACCGCCACCCUCAUCGCCAUCGGAGACUUCACCUGUCUGUCCCUGGACGUGCCUUACCAGGACGAGACCUGGUCCAUGCUGAGGUACGGAGAAGUGGAGCAGCGGUGGAAGCCACUGGCCAACAACCUCCCUCCAGACAUGAUCAACGUCAGGGGCUACGGCUCGGCCGUGCUGGACAACUACCUGUUCAUCGUGGGCGGUUACAGGAUGACGAGUCAGGAGAUCUCUGCCGUGCACUGCUACAACCCCAGCAGGAACGAGUGGCACCAGGUGGCUCCGCUCAACCAGAAAAGGUCCAACUUCAAGCUGCUGGCGGUACAAGGGAAGCUGUAUGCUGUGGGGGGGCAGUCCCUGGGCACGGUGGAGUGUUACAGCCCGGAGCAGGACUGGUGGACCUGCCUGUCCUCGAUGCCCGACCCGCUGGCCGAGUUCUCCGCCUGUGAAUGCCAGGGGAUGAUCUACAUCAUGGGCGGAUACACUGCAAGAGACAGGAACACAAGCGUCCUCCGGUACUGCCCCACCUCCGACACCUGGACGGUGUUCCGGUCGUGCUCCGCUCACAUCCGUAAGCAGCAGAUGCUCUCAGUGGAGGACACCAUCUACCUGGUGGGCGGCUACACCCACGAGCUGGAGGCGGGUCAGCGGCAGCGUCGUCCCAGCCAGACGGAGGACGUGCUGACGGUGCAGUCCUACAACAUCUCCACGGGGGAGUGGUUCCAGCUGAAGGAGAACACGUCGAAGUCGGGCCUGAACCUGACGUGCACGCUGCACAACGACGGCAUCUACAUCAUGAGCCGGGACGUGAGCCUGCCCACCAGCCUGGAGCACCGCGUCUUCCUGAAGUACAACAUCUUCUCCGACGCCUGGGAGGCCUUCAGGCGCUUCCCGGCUCUGGGACAGAACAUGCUGCUGUGCUCACUCUACCUCCCCAACAUGCUAUGAUCGACGGGGACGAUGGGGAAAGACGUCAGUGAACAGAGAGACAGAGGAGCCACCGCAACAUUAAUAUAGGCCAGUGUGUGGCUUGCUUGUUCCAGCACAAAAUGUGGCUCCGUGGCAUUACUGGGAACAGUGUCUGGUUGUCAGGUUGAAAACCUUGUGACCACUGUGCCUCAAAAAGAAAAGAAAAGCACUACUACAUUGUACAUAACUGCUGUGGAUGCAAAAGCUACAACGACAAGUAUGAAGAUGAUGAAGCGCCGUGGCCCCCGAAGGUCGACAGCAUCAGAACAGUUCUCAGUUUGUGUGUCUCUCAUGUGUUAAUGUGAAGGUUGCAUUCAAAUCACAGAGAUGUGCGUCUGUUUCUCUGAAGACGAUUAUACAGAAGUGUUCAGAAGUCCUCCUGAUUCAGGUGCCAGAUAAGGAAACAGAUUUAGAAUUUGGAAAUAAGAAUUAACCUGCACAUAUGAGCAUAACAGCAGUUAGUGGUAUUUAACAAGCUUCUGUGUUUUUCAGAGAAACCGAUGGUAACGACUGGAAUGUCACACUAAUACAUGACUGGCCACAAACCGGGGCUUAUUAUAACAGCAUGCGUGAAAAAAUCUAUGCGCCGCAGAACUCCUCAUGUUUACACUCCACAUACUGCAUCGAUGUACAUUUCCUUCCAUAAUUCACUACAGACCUUAAAGUAUCUCAGAAGCAAAACACACGUAUUCUCUUGAUUGUGCUGCACAUGGGAGAUGAUCCCUACGUAAUGGCUUUGGUUUUACACUGCCAGGUUUAUGGGGAUUGGAAGUUUCUUGAGAGUUGGCGUG